CCCACCCCCCCUUCUCGUGCCUUCCCCAUCUCACGACUUUUCGUUUCUUACUCCCGCGAACAACAAUAUUUCAGUUUCCUUCGUUACCGCUCUAUUCGUUCUCCAAUACGCACAAAAACCAGAUGCAGAUUCAAACACACACCACCAAAAAACCCUAGGUUUUCAAAUUCGAUCAUUUACGGUUAGUUUUUUCUCUUUUAUUUUCCUAAUUUCAUUCUAGAUCUGUAGAUUAUAUACCUCUGUGUGUUUAUAUGAUACACAAAUACAUAUACAUACAUGUAUGCAUGAAUAGUUUAUCGAGCGAUUGAAAUUGCGAGUGUUUACGGUGUAUUGAUAGGAUUCAGUAGUUGUUUCGCUGUUUGAAUUUGUGUUGUUUGGAGGAAGUAGGUUAGAAUCGGAUUUUGAGCGGUUAAUUUGUUGUUAAAUUGUCGUUGAAUUUGGAAGUUGAUUAAGGAGGAGUGUGUUGGAUUGUUGUAUGACUGGUGUUAGAGGCGGAAUCGUGUGAUUUAGGUGUCUGGAAGAGGUAUAGUGAGGGGUUUUGAGUUAUAAUUUAGGAAUUAGGGUUUUCGGUGUGUUGUUUGGGUUGAAUAUUUGUAUGUUGUAGUGUGAAUUGCUUGAUAUGUGAGUUUUUGAAGUUGUGGAGGGGUGAAUUAAGGAUGAGAGAAGGGGAGGCUUGUGUGGUGGUGGUGAGUAAUGUUGGGGAAAUGGAAAGUGAGAAGAAUCAGCAGAAGCGUGACCGGAGAUGGCUAGCAGGUGGUUCUGAUAUGGAACCUGUGGUUAAAAAGCAGGUGAAAGAGGGUUCUGUUGAUGAUGAAGUAGAUUCAUGUGCUGUAAGUCAAUCAGAGGUAGACAUGGUUUGCGUUGAAGAAGAGCGUUGUGCUAGCAGGCUGCCUGCAGAAGGCGUUGAAGAAGAGCCUUGUGCUAGCAGGCUGCCUGCAGAAGGUUUAAAUGAUGUUAAACCUCAGCCUUGUGUUGAGCAGAAUAUGAACGAAUCGUCAGAUGGUCUGUCACUAGAGCCAUGUGGUAGAAAGAAAACAGCCGAAGAUCAAAAUGGUGAUAUGCAAGACUCAUUUAAUGAGGAACUUGCUCAACAGUCUUUGAAGAUGACAGAUCAACAGAUAUGUGAGAUGAAGCAAGGAACCGAGUGUUUAGAUUAUAUUGGUACAAAUCCUAUUGAGCAGUCUGUUAAAGAAGUUUCAUAUGACAUGGAGCUAGAUUCUUCCGGUGGGAAGCACUCAUCAGAGGUUUCAAAUGACAUGGAAAUAGAGCCUGUAAUUGAGCAGCCUGUCAAGGAGUGUUUGAACGAGAUAGAACAAGUGACUCAUGGUAGAAUGCAGAGAACAGAGGUUGAAAGUGACAGUGACAAAGAUCCUAUGCAGAUAGUAGGAGAUAAAACUGACACUGAAGUAGAGAAUUCUACUGAACAGCCCGUCAAAAAAUAUUUAAACGAGAUGGAAAUUUAUGCUUGUGGCAAGAUUCAGUCAACAGAGGCUUCAAAUGAGAGUAAACCCGAGCCAUAUGUUCAAGAAUCUGUCAAUGAAUGUCUGGAUGAUAUGAAAUUGGAGAUUGAUGAAAAGAAGCACACACCACAAUCUAUAAAGGAUACUGGCAUUGAGCCUUCUGUAAUCAAGCAGACAACACAUGCUUUGAAUGACACUGCACUGGAGAUUUAUGCUGAUCAGUCUGUUAAGGAGUGUCAAAAUGAGACAGUUAUAGAUACUUGCACCAAGAAGGAGGCGAAGGAGGCUUCAAACGAUGAUAUAAGUUCUGAGGUUUCAAACCCUAAUGUAUCACCUCGUGAUAUUUCUUCAAGUUUUCAGACCGUUAAUAGCCAACCAGAUGGGAAGCCAGUUACGAAAGACCAAGCUGUUUGUGGUGAAAUUACAUCGGCUUGUUCCGGGAACUUAAGCAGUGAGGGGAGCUCUAGCCAAGAGGAACACGGUACAAAUGAUACAAACGGUACAGUGUCAACAUCACAUGUAGUAAUCGAGGUUCCAAAGCAUGCUAGUACUGCUUCUGGUAUCAGGAAAAUUACAUUUAAGUUCAGCAAACGUAAGGAAGACUAUGAUAAUCAAUUGUCUGCUUCUGCUUUGAAGUCUAACGGCAGUGCUUCUGUCAAUGGGACCCGUAACGUACCCAGGUUAACUUAUACUAGUGAGCAAGGGCUGCAUGAACCUCGUGAUUCUGUUGCUCCUGAUGGUUAUCCUACAACUGUUAAAAGACUCUUAUCAACUCGGAUUCUCGAGGGAGCAAAAGUGAAAUAUAUUUCUGCUUCUGGGGAGCUUAUUGGAAUUAUCAAGGAUUGUGGCUAUUUAUGUGGCUGUGCAACAUGUAAUUUUUCUAACGUUCUACGUGCUCAUGAGUUUGAACAACAUGCUGGUGGAAAAACGAAGCACCCUAAUAAUCACAUAUUUUUGGAGAACGGAAAACCUAUUUACAGUAUAAUUCAGGCAAUGAAGACUGCUCCUCUCAGCACAGUAGACGAAGCAAUAAAAAUGGUAGCUGGUUCGUCUGUCAACGAGGAACUCCUCCAGGUUUGGAAAGGGAGUCUUCUAAGACACAUGGACAUGGCUAAUAUAGACAACAACCAUCAUAUGAAGCUUAUGAACUUGUAUCAUUCAACAACAAGCUACGCGAGAGAAGAUGGUUCUAGCCCGUACUAUUUUUAUCCUAAGAGUUUCCCUGUGGAACCUCAACCAAUUGUUACCGAGACAUGGAAAGAGCGGAAAUGCCCGUUUAAGAAACCAAAGUCAUACACAUCUAGCACUGCUUUUGAAACUAAACGAAGCGCUGAAGGUAGCCAUAAGAAAAGGGAUAAUGAUUUGCAUCGUCUACUUUUUAUGCCGAAUGGGCUUCCCGACGGGACUGAAUUGGCUUACUAUGCCAGAGGAAAGAAAAUACUAGAUGGUUACAAGCAUGGGAAUGGUAUAGUUUGUAGCCAUUGUGACACCGAGAUCAGUCCUUCACAGUUUGAAGCUCAUGCUGGAUGGGCUGCCAAACGUCAACCCUAUCGUCAUAUUUAUAUUCCUAAUGGGCUUACACUCCAUGAUAUAGCUAUGUUGCUUGCAAAUGGACAAAGUAUUACAACCAGCAACAGUGAUGAUAUGUGUGCAGUAUGUGGAGAUAGAGGAGAACUAGUUAUUUGUGAUGGGUGCCCUCGUGCUUUCCAUGCAGUUUGUUUGGGACUGGAGGGUGUACCUUCUGAAGAUUGGCACUGUCCGUACUGUAGAGACAGUGUUGGUUCUGGUAGAAAAGCUGCUGCAGAGUUCAGACCGAUUGUUAUUCGAUUGACCCGGGUUGUUAAAGUCAGAGAAUACGAAACUGGUGGCUGUGUUAUUUGCAGGGCCCAUGAUUUUAGUGUUGCUGAAUUUGACGAUCGAACAGUGAUGUUAUGUGAUCAAUGUGAGAAGGAAUACCAUGUUGGCUGUUUAAGAGAAAGCGGGAGAUGUGAUUUGAAGGAACUUCCAUUAGAUAAAUGGUUUUGUUGCAAUCACUGUGAUAUGAUCCAUGGUGCUAUUCAAGACGUGGUUGUCAAUGGAGCAGCUGUAGUUUCAGGUUCGAUUUUGAGUGCGAUUAACAAGAAACACAUAGAGAAAGGUGGUGUUAGUGGAUCUCCAAAUGAAAUUAGGUGGCGGAUGUUAAGUGGAAAAAGCCGCUAUCCUGAACAUUUGCCGCUACUGUCAAGUGCUGCUGCCAUUUUUCGAGAGUGUUUUGAUCCCAUUGUUGCAAAGUCUGGGCGUGAUCUGAUACCUGUAAUGGUGUACGGGAGAAAUAUAUCUGGGCAAGAGUUUGGAGGAAUAUAUUGUGUCGUUCUAAUGGCAGGACCGAUAGUAGUAUCUGCGGGUCUCUUGAGAGUUUUUGGGCGGGAGGUUGCUGAGCUCCCGCUAGUGGCUACAAGUAGACAACACCAAGGGAAGGGGUAUUUCCGAGCUCUUUUCUUUUGUAUCGAGGAGUUACUUCUGUCAUUGGGUGUUGAACUCCUUGUGCUUCCUGCUGCUGAAGAAGCCGAGUCGAUAUGGACCAAGAAAUUGGGUUUCCGGAAGAUGAGUGAUGAGCGGUAUUCACAGUACUCGCGGGACAUUCAGCUCACCAUAUUUAAGGGAACAUCAAUGCUAGAGAAGGAACUGCAGUGUGGAACGUAACGUUAUAAUCGCUUUCUUUGUUCUUCUGCCAUCCAAAGAGUAACUGCGGAUUGUGAAUUAUCGCGCGACAUAUAAAGUUUUUUUUUUUAGACCAGAAUAGUAGUCAAGGGUUAUGCAAAUAAACAAGAAAAAAAGGGAUUUAAAAGAUCUGAAACUUUUUAUAAACCAGAUUGUCUAAAUACCUUCUAUUAGUUAUGUUUUUUUAUUUGUUAUUGAUAUAUUACAGUCACUGCUUGAUACAAUUAAAAGCUUUGUCUAUGAUAUUGAUACGGGAAUUUUGAAAUCGAUAAGAGAGUUUCUUUGAAUUGUU